AUGAAGAUGGCAAGCCUGAGGUGAGUCCGCGAGGGCGAGCUGGAGAAGCGAAGCGACAGCCUUUUCCAGCUGUGGAAAAAGAAGCUGGUGGUUCUGACCAAGGACAGCCUCAGUCUCUUCCCCGACGGGCACAAACGGGCCAAGGGCAAGGAGCUGGGCUUCGGCUCCAUCCUCAAGGUGGACUGCGUGGAGCGCACGGGCAAGUACAUCUACUUCACCAUCGUCACCAAGGACCGCAAGGAGAUUGACUUUCGGUGCCCGGACCAGAGCUGCUGGAACGCCUCCAUCACCAUGGCCCUCAUCGACUUCCAGAACAAGCGGGCCAUCCAGGACUUCAAGAGCCGCCAGGAGAUGGAGCAGGCGGCGGGCACCCAGGAGCGGCGGCUGGCCGCGGGCGCCCUGAGCCGCCGCCGCCCGCCCGGCGCCGCGGCCCCAGGCGCCUGCUUCGGGAAAUCGCGGGCGUGGGAUCUCCCCACGUUCACCGCUCGAUCCCUUGUCUGCCGAAGGGACCUGCCGGCCGCUGCCCGCGGCCCGCGGGGUUGCCCGCGCACCCCGAAACCGGCCGUGCUCUGCCCGGACCGCGGCAGCUUAGGCUUUGGGGCCGCGCUCCCCCUUCCCUGUGCAUCGCGGGGGGGGUCCGCUUUCCGAUGCACCCGCUGA